AUGAGCAGUGUGACGCUUGGCUCCCGCUGCGGUGGGGACUGCAAAUUGAUCACGGGCCCUGGCACCCGAGGCCGGAGGGAGAAGGAGCCGGCGUUCGUCCCACACCGGCCUUCGUCCCACACCGGCCGAGCGUGCCGGGAACAUCAGACCACCUGCUUCCAGGCCCCUGGCACCACAGAGGCGUGGAGACAACGCAGGACUCUACCUGGCUCGGUGCUGGCCCGCCUGGCUGCUGUCGUGCUGCUCCUGGCCCGAGCCUUUGUAUGCAUCGCCCUGGCCAAGCCUCACGGCCUCACAGCCUCACCGCUCCUGCUGUUUGCCAACCGCCGGGACGUACGGCUGGUGGAUGCCGGCGGGGUCAAGCUGGAGUCCACCGUCGUGGUCAGCGGCCUGGAGGACGCGGCCGCCGUGGAUUUCCAGUUCUCCAAGGGAGCCGUGUACUGGACGGACGUGAGUGAGGAGGCCAUCAAGCAGAUCUACCUGAACCAGACGGGGGCUGCCGUGCAGAACGUGGUCAUCUCUGGCCUGGUGUCGCCUGACGGCCUGGCCUGCGACUGGGUCGGCAAGAAGCUGUACUGGACAGACUCCGAGACCAAUCGCAUCGAGGUAGCCAACCUCAACGGGACGUCCCGGAAGGUUCUCUUCUGGCAGGACCUCGACCAGCCGCGGGCCAUCGCCUUGGACCCCGCUCACGGGUACAUGUACUGGACAGACUGGGGAGAGACACCUCGAAUCGAGCGGGCAGGCAUGGAUGGGAGCACGCGGAAGAUCAUCGUGGACUCGGACAUUUACUGGCCCAACGGGCUGACCAUCGACCUCGAGGAGCAGAAGCUCUACUGGGCCGACGCCAAGCUCAGCUUCAUCCACCGCGCCAACCUGGACGGCUCCUUCCGUACCCACUCGCGGAUGGUCUUCCCUCACCGAAGGCCUCUGCCCUGUGAUCUCAGGAGCACCGUGGGGGUUGGAUCCGUCAUCUGUUCUGUCCACCCCCGCCCCCAGCGCCUGGUCCAGGGCCUGCCUGAAACAGCCGCCUACAGAGAUGCUGGGGCCGAGGAGGUGCUGUUGCUGGCCCGGCGGACGGACCUGCGGAGGAUCUCGCUGGACACGCCGGACUUCACCGACAUCGUGCUCCAGGUGGACGACAUCCGGCACGCCAUCGCCAUCGACUACGACCCGCUGGAAGGCUACGUGUACUGGACGGACGACGAGGUGCGGGCCAUCCGCAGGGCGUACCUGGACGGCUCUGGCGCCCAGACGCUGGUCAACACCGAGAUCAACGACCCAGAUGGCAUCGCGGUCGACUGGGUGGCCCGUAACCUCUACUGGACGGACACGGGCACCGACCGCAUCGAGGUGACGCGCCUCAACGGCACCUCCCGCAAGAUCCUGGUGUCCGAGGACCUGGACGAGCCCCGGGCCAUCGUGUUGCACCCCGUGAUGGGCCUUAUGUACUGGACAGACUGGGGGGAAAACCCCAAAAUUGAGUGCGCCAACCUGGAUGGGCAGGAGCGGCACGUCCUGGUGAACACCUCCCUCGGCUGGCCCAACGGCUUGGCCCUGGACCUACAGGAGGGAAAGCUGUACUGGGGAGAUGCCAAGACGGACAAAAUCGAGGUGAUCAACGUCGACGGGACCAAGAGGCGGACGCUCCUGGAGGACAAGCUCCCGCACAUUUUUGGGUUCACGCUGCUAGGGGACUUCAUCUACUGGACCGACUGGCAACGGCGCAGCAUUGAGCGUGUGCACAAGGUCAAGGCCACCCGGGACGUCAUCAUCGACCAGCUGCCCGACCUGAUGGGGCUCAAGGCUGUGAACGUGGCCAAGGUUGUCGGAACCAACCCGUGUGCGGACAAGAACGGGGGCUGCAGCCACCUGUGUUUCUUCACGCCCCGCGCGACCAAGUGCGGCUGCCCCAUCGGCCUGGAGCUGCUGAGCGACACAAAGACCUGCAUUGUCCCCGAGGCCUUCCUGGUGUUCACGAGCAGGGCCGCCAUCCACAGGAUCUCCCUGGAGACCAACAACAAUGACGUGGCCAUCCCGCUCACGGGCGUCAAGGAGGCCUCCGCGCUGGACUUCGACGUGUCCAACAAUCACAUCUACUGGACGGACGUCAGCCUGAAGACCAUCAGCCGAGCCUUCAUGAACGGGAGCUCCGUGGAGCACGUGAUCGAGUUUGGCCUCGACUACCCAGAAGGCAUGGCCGUUGACUGGAUGGGCCAGAACCUCUACUGGGCGGACACCGGGACCAACAGGAUCGAAGUGGCCCGGCUGGACGGGCAGUUCCGGCAGGUCCUCGUGUGGAGGGACUUGGACAACCCCAGGUCACUGGCCCUGGACCCCACCAAAGGGUACGUCUACUGGACCGAGUGGGGCGGGAAGCCCAGGAUCGUGCGGGCCUUCAUGGACGGGACCAACUGCAUGACGCUGGUGGACAAGGUGGGCCGGGCCAACGACCUCACCAUCGACUACGCUGACCAGCGUCUCUACUGGACGGACCUGGACACCAACAUGAUCGAGUCGUCCGACAUGCUGGGUCAGGAGCGGGUUGUGAUUGCCGACGACCUCCCACACCCCUUCGGCCUCACCCAGUACAGCGAUUACAUCUACUGGACAGACUGGAACCUGCACAGCAUCGAGAGGGCCGACAAGACCAGUGGCCGGAACCGCACCCUCAUCCAGGGCCACCUGGACUUCGUGAUGGACAUCCUGGUGUUCCACUCUUCCCGCCAGGAUGGCCUCAACGAUUGCACGCACAACAACGGGCAGUGUGGACAGCUGUGCCUCGCCAUCCCUGGCGGUCACCGUUGCGGCUGCGCCUCCCACUAUACCCUAGACCCCAGCAGCCGCAACUGCAGCCCGCCCACCACCUUCUUGCUGUUUAGCCAGAAAUGUGCCAUCAGCCGCAUGAUCCCCGAUGACCAGCACAGCCCAGACCUCAUCCUACCCCUGCACGGGCUGAGGAACGUCAAGGCCAUCGACUACGACCCCCUGGACAAGUUCAUCUACUGGGUGGACGGGCGCCAGAACAUCAAGCGAGCCAAGGACGACGGGACCCAGCCCUUCGUUUUGACCUCUCCAAGCCAGAGCCAAAACCCGGACAGGCAGCCCCAUGACCUCAGCAUCGACAUCUACAGCCGGACGCUGUUCUGGACGUGUGAGGCCACCAACACCAUCAACGUCCACCGGCUGAAUGGAGACGCCAUGGGUGUGGUGCUCCGUGGGGACCGCGACAAGCCACGGGCCAUCGUCGUCAACGCCGAGCGAGGGUACCUGUACUUCACCAACAUGCAGGACCGAGCCGCCAAGAUUGAGCGAGCGGCCUUGGACGGCACCGAGCGUGAGGUCCUCUUCACCACGGGCCUCAUCCGCCCCGUGGCCCUUGUGGUGGACAACAGGCUGGGCAAGCUCUUCUGGGUGGACGCGGACCUGAAGCGUAUCGAGAGCUGCGACCUGUCAGCGGCCCACCCGUGUGCCCGGGACAACGGUGGCUGCUCCCACAUCUGCAUUGCCAAGGGUGACGGGACCCCACGGUGCUCAUGCCCAGUCCACCUCGUGCUCCUGCAGAACCUGCUGACCUGUGGUGCCGUCUGCCUGCCCAACCAGUUCCGGUGCGCCAGUGGCCAGUGCGUCCUCAUCAAGCAGCAAUGUGAUUCUUUCCCUGACUGCAUCGACGGCUCGGAUGAGCUCAUGUGCGACGCAGACCCGGCCUGCAGCCUCCUGGAGACGCGGUUCCCAGCAGGUGAGGCCGCGACAGCGACCCUUGCUGCCCCCUUCCUCCCAGACGCCUGCCAGUGUCAGAUGUGCUAA